CAAAAGCAAGAAUUAUUGUCUCAUUUUUGAAAGUGGAUUACCUCAUAAGAACACUAAACGAAAGUAAAGCUAAAAGUUUGUCCGACUUCACGUGGCUGUUAUCCGACUCUUGGACGAGUGCCCAUUUAACAACACGACACAAGGAUCUGGUAUUGGAACCGAUGCUUGGAGUUGGGCCAAUGCAGUUUGAAGAUGAAUGGUUUAGACAUGAACUAAUAAAAGCAACAAACGGUUCAUCUUUGCCCUGGGCAAAAUCUUUUAAUUGUUUCGAAGAAUCGUUUUGCGAGAGACAAAAACUCUCUGAAUGUGUAGUAGGCAGACACUAUGAAGUAUCUCCUUUCGUUGCACCAACAUUCGAUGCUGUUUACGCAGUUGCAUCAGCAUUGCAUAAGCAGUUGCAUUGCUCAGAGCAAAAUUGCCACGUUUUACGAAGCAGAAACGGGGAUUUGGUUGACUACCUUAGACACAUAACAUUCACUGGCAUAUCAGGAAGAAAUAUUUCGUUUGAUGGAGAGGGAACUGCCUCCCGCUCAUACCAGGUAGUAAGCUUCCAAAGAACCACAUCUGCACUGAAUCUAGUAAGGAUUGCUAAUUGGACACUGCAUCCAACGGGAAAUUCGAGCAUUGGCCGUUUUCAUUUGAUAACUCAAGUGAAAUGGGAUUCAGUUGUGGCACCUGGCUCAAACUGUAGCAGAAAUUGCGCACCAGGUGAAUAUAAGACGCCACAGAAGCUGCACCCAAACUGUUGUUGGAACUGCGUAAAAUGCGGCGGAGGAACAAUCACCAAGUAUAUGAAUGCCAAGAAAUGCUCAAUCUGCCCUCGCGGAUUCUCACCAAAUGAUAACAGGACAGAUUGUAUCCCAAUUCAUGACGUAUUUAUUGAAUGGAAUGGAGGCAUUUCUAUUGCAAUUGUAACUCUCUCAUCUAUUUGUAUAGCAGUUGUAAUCUUGACAUAUGUCGUGUUUGCACUUUUUAAAGAUACGCCCAUCGUUAAAGCUGCCAGGCACUCACUUUGCUACAUGCAGCUUCUUGGGGUGAUCUGCUUUGAAAUAUUGCCGUUUGUUUUCAUCGGCAAACCAAGAGCAAUCAAUUGCGACCUGAAGCCCUUUCUGAUAGGGUUUUGUUUAUCAUUCAAUAUUGGAACCAUCUUUGUGAAAACCAACAAGACAGCACGUUCUUUCAACGAGAAAGCAUUCGAAACAAACGGGAGUAUCUUAAAGCGUCAGGUUGUUAUAGUGGUUCUGAUAAUAGCCCUUGAAGAGCUGAUUUGUCUUGUGUGGAUUUUAACAAUGGAUAGACCGCAUCUGAAAAAGGUUAUGCUUAGUCCAAGAGAGAGCUGUCAGGCCUGUAUGUAUGGUAACAGCUCCAAAGGCGUGGCUCUUUGGUGUUCAUACAACGCAGGGCUGAUUUUGGUGACCACAUAUCAAGCUAUCCUUGUUCGCAAAGCAAAAUGCAACUACAACGAGUCGAAGUUCCUCCUCUUCACUAUGGUUUCAUGGUGCGUCACUAUCUUGGUGUACAUUCCUGUUUUUGUUGGGAUCAAUGGCUACAUCAAGGAUAUAAUAAUGAGUUUUCUUCUCAUUUUCAUGGGAAUGAUUGAGUACAUUUGCGUUUUUGUCCCAAAGCUUUAUAUUAUUAUCUUCCGACCGCACAAAAAUGUAUCAAAGUGAGAUGUUAAUCUUGGAGGGCGAAGAAAACCUUCACCUUAUAUAAUAAGCUUUCAUGUUAAAAUGAUGAUUAAAUGAACUUCAAUCAGAGUUAACUUCACGAGGAGCUUUUGACCUUUAACUGAUUCGCUUGAGAUAUUGUUUGCCAUAUAUGGUCUUUUGUGAAAAGCUUCCCACGUACUCUUGUAUGUACCAGUUUAUGGGCAAUGCAGGGAAUCGUUCGGCCUCCUGAGGAUUUGAUUUGUAAUACUAGGGUAAGGUGCGUGGUUCGUGGUUUUUCAUUCCCUUGGUUAAUCUACGGGUAUUUAAAGGUCGGCAUAGCGUGGGUCUCACCUUGCUUGGUGAAACCUCAAUACAAGUAUGCCGUUUAUUUUCUCAGCCCUCCCUCUCUCAUUUUUUUUCUUUACAUGGAAAUGCCUUUCCGGUAUAGCCUACCCUGGGUACCAGAGCAUUUUGAGCGCGUAAACAGAAUGCAAUGUUUUCACUUUUCCUUAUUCCCAAAUAGACACUCCUUCGCUUUUCCAUUCCUAUCUUCUAUUUCUGCUCUCGAAUUUAUGUGACUCUGGUACCCAAGGUAGGUAUACCCUUGCGUUUCGCGUUUCUUUUACGGCAUCGUAAAAAUCUCUAAUACCUUUAUGCAUCUUUUAUGCUCAUCUUUCAUGCUAUUCAGCAUUUUUGAUGCUAAUAGGUAGGACUGAUUCAUCAGCUAUUAGAGGCUUUUCCAUUCCAUCCCCUUCCAAUUAUCAAUCAAACUUGGGGGUUAUUGUGUAACUUCCCUUCCUGUUACAGUAGGAUUAUGGUAGGUUGUGCAAUUUGCGCCGAUGCACCAGCGGCCCAACUUGCUCUCGAUGAUGUGGGAACGUUGUUUCAUGACUGACCUUCUGAUGUCUAUGGCAUAUUUUUCUGAGGGAGCUUUUACCCUCCAUUUCGUAUUGGUAUUUCAUUCCCGAAUGAAUAGAGACUUCAGAUUUGAGGGCAUGCACUAUUCACUGCCAAGCCACCCUAUAAUUGCCUCUGCUUUUGUUAUCCUCAUAUCCCUAAACCCAUCCUGCCUUUUAAGAAUAGUGAAGCAACUGUAAAAAAGAUAACCAUUCACUCAAUAAAAAGUUAGUUUCUAUUGAUGAAUUUGCCUUAUCGCUUUAUUUGUUUCUAUUCGCACGUGCCACGGCGUAAGUACACUGCCAAACGUCCUUUGUGACACCCUUGCAAAAGAACCUUUGAAAUCAGCUUCUUCAGGUCUGCCUCUUUUGGGCGAUUUGUCCGAAUCAAGACUCCUUUUUUGCAUCUUGUCAGUCACCCUGAAACUGCACGUGGGAAAAUACCAAGGAAAACUGCAGCUAUGAAAGUAAACUCUGGUACAACACAAGGAACAUUGAAAGAACAACGGUAUUUAUUUAUAAUUCUAAUUUCAUAUCAAAGGUUCUGUGACUAUUUCAAACAACGUUUUGAAGAAAAGAGCUAACUCGUUCUAAUUUAGGUGUUUCACUGUCCGGAACAAUGAAGUUUUAUUAUAGAAUUUUCUUACGUGUGACUUUAGAUUAGAAAAAAUAUGGUUUCACAAAAGGCGCUGUUUCAUUUUCAAAGUGAAUCAUCAAUUAUGACUCAAUAACAGGGGCAUUGUGGCUAGGCGGGACACCGGGAAAUUUCCCGGUGGGCCCCUUUCAAGUAAGUUUGUAAAACAACAGACAAACAGGUCCCUGUGAAAUGAUGCCUGGAAUAUGAACAGGGCCGCCGAGAGGGGGACAAACUGCCCCAGGUAGGGGCAAGUAGGGGCAAACUGCCCCAGGGCCUCGAGCUUAAGGGGGCCUCAAGGUAUGCCUAAAAAUUGUAAAACGUGGUAAACGACAGCAAAAACAUUCUGAAAUGUUUUUCAAGCUAAUUUAAAGGGCGCAUGGCAGCAAACAUUUUCUGCUCGCUUCGCUCCCAGUGCAAGUAAGUGCUCUUUCGCAUUUGUGUUUGUAUCAGGUGUGCACUACAGCAUUGGAUUUGUUUCACAUUUUUUGCAGUCUUAAGGAGACUAUGGCUAGAGAAAAAAGGAUACACCCCUAACAAAUAUAGCAUAUAAACCUUUAAAAAUGAUAAAAACUGGCAAACAUAUGUACCAUUUUUUGCGACCUGUGGUUUGUGAUUGGAGAUGUCAUACAAAAUGGUGGGCCCCUUUAUGAUGAUUUUCUCCCGGGCCUUUUCUAGAAGCCACAACGCCCCUGCUCGAUAAGGAUCAAAUGUAAAAAACUAACAUAUUUCACAAAUUUGGACCCAUUCUGAUUUGCCUUGCUGAUUUGAGUGCUCUGUUACGAACAAUUUCUUUAUAGUUCAAUUCUGCCACAGUUGCCUGGGCCUUUGCAAAUUAACUCUCAAAGUAGGAGGCUUUUCCCAAAUUUGACAUGAAUCAAAAACUUUAUCUUGAAAAUAUGAAAUUCUUCAUAGACUUUUCCAAAGUCUUUUCUUUGUUAACUCCGCAAGGCAUUUGCAUUUCGCGAGGGCAUAUUUAAACGGCGGAGGAGACAAUAGAAGGCGAAGACAUAUGCCCUCGCAGAAGUACAAAUGCCUUACGGGAAAGUCUGAAAUCUUCAUAAAAUCCGAAAAACUUUAGGGGCUCUUCACAAUCAUCAAUAUAGAGCUCCGAGAAACUUUAUAAUUGACUGUUUUUAUAAACUUUCAGGUAUUUUCCACAUUACGGAAAUGUAAUGGGUAACACAAGGAGCGACCAAAUAGCAUACGAAUCUCAGAGCUCCUGCGUAUGCUACAACCCUAUGAAUACUUAACAGGCUGAAAGUUAAACCAGCGCAACAACACAAAAUGUUUCUCGUAUAUUCGGUGGCGGCGCCAGCAACCAAGAGGUGGGAAAGACCAGAGGACCAUGACAAUUUUCUGUUCCGAGCCCAUUCACCUGAAAACUAUGUUCUUUGGUAAAACUGCACCCUGUAUUAAUGUCAUUAUCUACAAUCAGGGGCGUACUUUGAAUUUUUAUUGGCCGGAAAGGUUUUUAGGGGCACAAAGUUUUGAUGGAAAUGGCAUCACUUACAAUUCACUUUUGAUUUGUUGGAAAUUAAUGUCGCGGAGGCGUUGAGGUUGCCCAAUUAGUGCCGCUUGCCUAUAGAGAAUGUUACCAAUGGAGUUCUAAUGUGAAAACGAACUCCUUUUGUCUACCCAAUAACGGCUUUCUCGUGCUUAUGUAGAUAGAUUCCAAAGCUGCUAGAUGGAACGACGAUCGGGCUUUACCAAUAAUCCGAAACAUGUCGCCAUUGAAGUCUUUUGCACAAUCUGGGUUUUCCAGUACAUGGUGCCCGAUAGCAGAAUCGCAUGUUUUAGUUGUACUUUUAGAUCUGCAAGACCGAGGUGGCUGUUCUCUUUGGGAAUGAGUUUUGUUUCUGAUACUUGACGGAACAUGCUGUUUUCUUCUAUCCUCCAAUCUUUGGGAGUAUAGAAUGGGAGGAUAAAUCUUUGGGAGGAUAAACUUCUCGCCCCUCCUAUGAAUUUCGCUACCUACACCACUGAUUAGGGGCUCCCAGUUGUAAAAGUGCAUACUGAUCAUAUGUCCCGAAUUCUCUACCUGGUGAGAUCAAAAAAUUCAAAGCACCACAUGCAUAUUUAUGUGUUUACAUAUGAAGUUUUAGGUAUAAAACAGUACCAUAGUCUGUUCUGACACAUGCCUAAGCUAUUUUGGCAAACUACUUUAACAAUAAAUUGGAUCCCCGAUCUCUUCCGGCACAAGGCUGUAUGGCAACGCCCGGUUGGUAUUACAUCAUUUUUUCUAAGUUUUCUGAUAAACUAUUCUGGCCCUUUUUGUAUGGUUUUAAAAAUAGGCGAAGAUAUCGACAAAAUUAAUUCUGCAGUGAAAGGAAAUCAUAAUCAAUCUCUUCCCUCAAGCCCAAACUAUGGCUGAUAAUUCCUUUUUCGUUUCAAUGGCAAUCUUGAUCGUGUUACUUUUAGAACAGACCAUUUCCAAGCAUAAACUACCUCCUCGCUAAGCAGAUCCAUUGGGAGAAAAAAUUUGCCCAGCCAAAAUCAGUUUUGCCCUGCGAAAAGACCGUAUUUUCGUGAUUGGACUGAACCAUCCCCCACAUCCCCCUCAAUGGAUGCCCCUGCAGACUGGGUAAUUUUAACAGUCACGCUCGCGUUUUUGAAUGGCCUAUUUUGAUCUACUAUUGCGUAUAAACAUCCCCUAGC